AUGGAGGGCGACAAGGAGAAGAUGGAGAGCCUGAGCAGCAAGGUGAAGGAGAAGUUCGGCAGCAAAGUGCAAAUUGUUAAUCUGAAGAUGGACGUGAAGAUGCCCCUCUUCGAAAUAUUCCUGCAAGCGAACAUCCACACGCAAAUAAAAAUCUUCCACGCCAGGGGGAGGACCCUACAGUACAGACUCCCCCCCCCCUUCUGGACCAAGUGUAAACUGUUGAAGGAGAAUAAGCUGCUGCAGGAGAAGUACGGAGGGGAGUGUGCCCCCGGCUUGUUCCCUCGCUACGAUGAAUACCAAAUGAUGGAGAUGAUGACCGAAUGCGUCUUCAGCGAUAAGUACAAUUACUAUGUGUAUGAUGUAAAUUUGGAGUGGGAGAACCUGUGCGCCCUAACCCCGGAAAACAGGGAGCUGCGGAAGAUGGUUCACCAGAGCGUCCACGUGCCCACUCGCCUGGCGGUCAUCAAGGCCUUCGAGGAGGGCAUCGCGGACUUCAGAGACGUCAUCCACGAGGAACACCUCAUGAUGCUCCGAGAGCAGCGCAAGAUGAAGGAGAACCGCCGCUACGACUUUUAG